AGGGACCUGCGCAAGUAUCAUUGAUGCCGAUUUAUGAGGAGGUGCCUGCUAAAACGAAGGUUACCAAAGCAUGACUGGCCGACUCGUGGUACAGUCCCGGAACUUUUUUGGCCGCUUCAUCGAACUGCUGGUCGCGGAAAAUGGGUCCAGAAGCUUUGAAGCACACUAUGAUAUUUACACAGAGAUAUGCUAUUUGUCAUGUCUCAGGUCCAUUAUAAUGAAGCAUGCAGCUAAUUAUGCACUCACAUGCAUUAUCACUAUAAAUUUGUACAAAGUGGAAGCUAUUCAUUUAAAAGAACACGGCAACGUUUUUAUAUUGAAAGUAAACAGUUUUUAUCUCGCCCAUGCAAUUACCUCCAUAUGAACUUACAUUUUAGCUUAGAAAGUUGCAUACAUUAUAUAUUUUAUAGACGUUAUAGUUAUAAGUUAAUUUCAUAUAAAAUUUAUAAAAAAUUUAUUUAUAGUAAGAUUUAUAGAAGGAAAAACAUUUUGUAUUUACAAUCAGCAUUAUUAAGGUGGUACAGGAGGCUUGAGUAGUGUACCUUUUGACAAAUACAGCUCUUUUGAAUAUUGUCUUAAUUUCAAUUCAAAUUGACGGGCCCUGUGGCUAUACUAGAGGUUGCGUUUGGUUUUACAUCUAUUUCAGAAAACGUUGAAUGCCAAGACAAUAUAUUCCAAGACCAUAAUGCAUUGUUGGUGAUUUAAAAGUGAUUAUACCUGUAACGUAUAGUAUGUAAUGCAUCCCUUGGGAUGUAAUGUAAAUGUAAGUAAUGUAAACACUACACAAAUAUUCAAGAAUUGUGAUCUCGGGGGUCAGUUGAAGUAAAGUGUACAAGAGCGAA